GGUGCCCUUUCUCGCCGCUUCCUGCCUUCCUGAGGGGUGGAAGCCAUGUCCGCGCUGGAGAAGCAGCUGCAGCUGGGCCGCCUCCCGCCCCGAGGACCGGGCCCGGCCGGGAUGGGCGCUCAAGGGGCCCCCAAGAUGCGCAUGGGACCUGGAAGGAAACGUGACUAUUCCCCAGUCCCGUGGAGCCAGUACUUUGAAUCUAUGGAGGACGUGGUUGUCGAGAGCGACUCCGGCAAGGAUACUUUUCGAAUUUACAAGAGUGGCUCCGAAGGCCCUGUGUUGCUCCUAUUGCACGGAGGAGGACAUUCUGCACUCUCCUGGGCUGUUUUCACUUCUGCCAUCAUCAACCGGGUCCAGUGCAGGAUCGUUGCUUUGGAUCUGAGAGGACAUGGUGAGACCAAAGUGAGGAAUCCUGAGGAUCUCUCCGCAGAAACGAUGUCCAAAGACAUUGGGAACGUGGUGGAGGCCAUGUACGGAGACCUUUCCCCUCCCAUCAUGUUGAUCGGGCACAGCAUGGGGGGCGCCAUCGCGGUGCACACGGCGGCCUCUAACCUGAUCCCCAGUUUGCUGGGCCUGUGCAUGAUCGAUGUGGUGGAAGGAACAGCCAUGGAUGCACUGAACAGCAUGCAGAAUUUCCUCCGGAGUCGCCCCAAAACAUUCAAAUCUCUUGAGAAUGCCAUUGAAUGGAGUGUCAAAAGCGGACAGAUACGAAACCUUGAAUCCGCCCGAGUGUCCAUGGUUGGCCAAGUCAAACAAUGCGAAGGAGCCGCAAGCCCCGGAGGCCCCAAAGCCAUUGUGGAAGGGAUUAUAGAGGAGGAGGAGGAAGAAGAGGAGGAGGAGGAGGAAGGGGAAAACGGAGAAUCGGUGAACAAAAGGAAGAAAGACGACGACGCGGAGCCCAAGAAGGACGUGGCCUACACGUGGCGGAUCGAACUGGCCAAGACGGAGAAGUACUGGGACGGCUGGUUCAGGGGCCUCUCCAACCUUUUCCUCAACUGCUCUGCCCCCAAACUGCUGCUUUUAGCUGGUGUCGACAGAUUGGAUAAAGAUCUAACAAUUGGCCAAAUGCAAGGUAAAUUCCAGAUGCAAGUCCUUCCACAGUGCGGCCACGCGGUCCACGAGGAUGCUCCAGACAAGGUCGCCGAAGCCGUUGCAACAUUCUUAAUCCGUCACAGGUUUACAGAGCCCAUUGGUGGAUUCCAAUGCGUUUUCCCCGCUUGUUAAUAACCCGGAGGUCCACCAACGCCCACUUUCCGUUGUAAAUAAAACUGCACCAGAGGGCCCCCCUUCCGUGGCGUGUUCUGUAUCCUCUCCAUCCGACCCCCCUUCCGUUUGGUUCCCCCAAUGCCGAGCGAUGGGCGCGGUGCCCGCCCGAAGCAGAGCUCCUCCGGCGUCCGGCUGGACCUCGUCCACCCCUUGCCCUUUCCUUCCCUUCCUUCCCCUGGAUGUCGGUUUCUUUUCCUCCCGUUUCCCCCGUCCGUCAGUCCAUCCCGAGGAAGUCCGGUUGUGUGUGGAAUCGUGGGGGGAAUGCGAGGGACUUUGGGGGGGCGGGCAGGUAGAAGGCUGGUUCCUCCAGUUGUAUCAAAACCUGAAAAACAUUAAAGAGAUUUCUUCCCCGGAAGAAGCACUCCGAAGCCCA